AUGACAGGGACCAGGUCGCAAACAUCAGUUCUGAACUCAAUCUUUAGGGCUCUGUCACAAUUCUCGGAUCUAAGCGUCUCUCAUCCUGACAAACACCAGUCUUCUCCUCCGCAAGAUCACCCACACCAUCGUCACAAUGGCGUCCAACGACUAUCCGUAUCGACUCGGGAGAGGGCACGUCCAGUCUUCUUGACCCUACAUAUGCUGUUCCCUCAUGAACUACUUCCCGCGCUUGAUCUCCUAGACCGAGGUUUGGUCACAAAACUCGUGGUGAAGCACUCAAUCUCCGGGGCAGACGAUCAGGAGGCCGUGCUCAAAUUGAGAACAAGUUUUCCAGGCGAAGAUCACUCGGUGCUCGAAUACUCUGAAGUCGACACCCGAGUCCGACAGGACAACAAUGGCUGGGAACUCUUUUACGUCCAGUCUUCAUCCGCUAUGGACAAGCAAAUAUCUAAACCACGAUUCCAUCCUCGCGGCGGAAACACUAGUGUGGCUAUCCCACUCUAUGAAGUCCAUCUCGACAGUUGGAAUUGCACCUGUGCGGCGUUCAGUGUGAAUAUGUUUCAGUGCUCGAGUCUACAACAUAGCCAAUGUUCUGCAGAAUUCGAAAAUGACGUUAAUGUGAGCCCGACUGGCAACUCCAGAGGGAAAAUUAAGGAUGAGUCGGAGUUUGGUGGUACCGCCACCAUCAAAUUCGCCAGAGUGCCGAGCUGCAAACACCUUGUGGCCGCUUUCCUCGCGAAAAGCGCUCCAACCCUGUUCACAGACAGUGUGAAAGAGAGCACUAUUUCGAGGGAAGAGGCGGUUGCGUGGGGAGGCGGAUGGGGAGAGCACAGAGGCAGUUGA